AUGAAUUUCGAUAAAAGUCUAAAAAAUAGGCCAACUCUAUCUUUCACAGGAUUUUCACCAUCAAAAUCAAAUAUUAAUAUUGAGGCUUCUCGAAAGAAUCUGCAAAGUUCAUCCUUUGGAUCACCACAUCAUGCAUAAUCACUUGAGGCUUAAUUGAAAUAAGAAUUUGAAGCUUAAUAUAAUGAAAGAAUUUUAACAAUGCGAAGUUUUUAUGAUAUGAAAUAUUAAACACUCUUUGAAACAGUUAAAGAAGCACUUGAUAAAGUAGAUUUUUAAAUAUACAAAGUUAGAUUAUGAAUGAUGAAUUAAUUGAUACAAUGAGACAAGAUAUCACCUCAUAAGAAUUUGUUUAUUAGAGAGUAAGAGAGAUGUUUGAAGAAAUAAUACUUAGUGAAAGAGAAGUAUUAAUAGAAAAGCUUUCUUCUUAAUAUGCAUAUCUCAAAAUGGAAUUUGGAAAAAUUGAAUAAGAUAAAAGAAAAGUAUAAUUAUCAUCAAUUAUGUAGUUAGCAAUAGAAUUAUAAAUAAUAUAAGAUGAGUAAGCUGAUAAAGAAGCAUAGGCUUAAAAUUAGGUUUAAUAAGCUUAGGAAUAAAUUUCAUAUUUAUAACAGAAUAAUGAUUAGCUGUAAUUAUUUAUUAUUUAAGUUAAGGAAUAAUAAGGUUUCUUAAUUAGAAUAAAAACUUUCUUCUGCUAAUUAAACUGCUAAGGAAGUUCAAUAACUUUAGACUACAGCUAAAGAAUAUAAUAUAUUAAAGGAAGAAUAUGAAUAAUUAGUUUAAACAAAUGAAAAAUUAUAAUUAAUAAAUAAAUAGUAAGUUUAAGAAAUAGAAUAAUUACAUAAGAUAAGUGAAAAUUUAUAGUUAAAAGUAUAAUAAUUGAAUAAAAUUUAUUAAGAAUUAGAGGGAGAAGUGAUUUCAUAUAAAAAAAAAUCAAGUGAUUCAGAAUCUAAGACAUAGUUUACAAUUUCUAAUUUAUAAAAUUAAUUAGAAGCUGUAACAUUAUAAUUCACUCAAUAAAAAAGUGAAUAUGAAAAAAGAUUAGAAAAGGAAGCAUAAACUUAUUAAAAUGAAAUUCAUAAAUUAAGUUAAAAAUUAUAAAAGAAAAAAGAGAAGUCUACAUUUCAUAAAUAAAAUGCAAAAUAAUUAUAAAUUAGAUUAGAUUAAUUAAUAAGAGAUCAUGCUGAAUAAUUAUAAAAUGAAACUUAAUAGUUUCAAAGAAAGAUUAAUGAAUUGUAAUAAUAAAAUUAAUUUUAAUUAUAAUAAGCUUAAAAAUCUUUAGAUGAUUUGAAAGAAUCUCAUGAUAAAAAUAUUUAUAAUUUAAGAAACUAAUUUGAAUAAAUAAAUAAACAAUAAUGUGAUGAUUCAGAUAAAUAGAAAAUAAAUUUAUUAAAUGAAUUAGAUAGAGUUUAAAGUGAACUUGAAUCUGUUGUUUUAUAAUAACAAUAAUAAAUUGAAAGUAAUUAUAUUCCUAAAAUAUAAUAUGAAUAAUAAGUGAAUGAAUUAUAAAAGAAAAUAAUAGAAACUAAUUAAAAACUAAAAGAAUAAGAUGCUCUAAUGAAAAAAUAAUAAGAUGAAUUUGAAAAUUAUAAGGAAUAAUGGAAUAGAUAAUAAAAUAAAUUACAUUUAGAUGUUAAAGAUAGAAAUGAAAUUUAAGAAUAACUUUUAGCAAGAGAAGAAACAAUUAAUAAUUAAAAUAAAUAAAUAUCUUAAUUAACUUAAUAAGUUAAGAUGUUAGAAUCUGAUUAUUAAAGAUUAUAAGAGAGAUCUAAAUAAUAAUUAGAAUAUAUUGAAGAAUUGAAAAAUGAUGUAAGUAAUCGUUAAAGUGAAGUUCUUAAAAUCUAAAAAUAAUUAAAGUAAUAAAAAGAUGAACUUAUGGAAUAAUAUAGAUAAUUAGAGGGAGAAAAUAAAAGUAAAAAUGAUAAAGUUUAAUUAUUAAAUUCAUAAUUAGAAAGAUUAUUGAAUGAAUCAUCUGAAAAUGAAAAAUUAUUAAAUUAUAAAAGCAAAGAAUUACAAUAAUUAGAAGAUGAACUUAUGUAAUAUUAAAAUUUUAAACGUAAUGCUUAACAAUUAUCAGAAGAAAAUGAAUAAUUAAGAAUCUAAAUUGAUAAAUUAAUUAAUAUAUAAGAAUUAUAAGAAUAAAAAUAGGAAGAAAUUAAACGAUAAUUAGAUACUGAAUAAAAAUAAAAGAAUUAAUUGAUACUUAAUAAUGAAUCACUUAUGUAAAGACAUUAAAAAUAUGUAAAAACUAUCAAAGUAAAAUAUAUAUAUUAAUAAAUUAGGAAUAAAGAAAAUAUAUUAAAAGAAGAAUUGUUAGUGAACUUUAAAAAAUUAAAUAAGAACAUGCUAGUUUAGAAUAAUAUUUAAGAUAAAUUAUGAGAAUGAAGAACAAUGAAGACAAUUUAUUGAUUGCAUCAAUUGUUACUAAAGUUAAAGAUUUAUGGAAUAGAAAGGAAAUAUAACAUGAAAAUGAAAUUGUAUCAAUAUUUAUUUUAUUAUAAGCUAAAAAUUAGGAAUGAAAUAUUUGAUUAAUAUAGUGGAAGUGCAUCACAUUUAAGAACUGCAUAUGAAUAAACUUUAGAUGAGACAUAAAAAUAAUUUGAAUAAUAAAUAGAGAAUUUAAGAGAUGCAAAAGAAAAAAUGGAAGAUGAAAAUAAAGAAUUAUUACAUGAAUUAUAGAAAGUAUAAGUAAUUUUAGAAGAUUAAUCAGCUUUGAUUACUAAUUUAAAGAAUGAAAAUAAAACAUUGAAAAGUAAUGGUAUGCUUAUUGAAAAUGAAUUAUCUACUACUUUGAAAAAUAUGAAUGAUGUAAAUAUAUAUUAUUAUUAUUAAUUUAUAGAUGAAAGAUUCUUUUGAAGAUUAAAUAUAAGAAUUAACUAAAUAAUUAAAAAAGUAUGAAAGAAAAUAAUAACAUUAAUAAGAUUUGAAAGGCUAAAUUGAUAUUUUAUAAAAUGAAUUAGAAAAAUUAAGAACUCUUAAUAGAUCUAAUACUUAAGAAACAGAAAAUAGAAUUGCUAAAUUAGUUAAAUAAUAAUAAUCAGAAGUUUAAUUAUUAAUCAAUUAAUUUUAAAGAGAAUAAAUUAAACUUAGAUAAGAAUAAACAGAUCUUAAGGAUCAAUUAUCUUAAAAUGAAGAGAUUAUACAUAAGUUAUAUUAAUCACUUGAUGAUGUUAACUCAAUUGUUAAUUAAAAAGAUAAAUAAUUGUAGAAUUUAAUUGAGGAUAUUGAAUAAGAAAGAGCAUCUGAUUAAUAAAAAAUAACUGAUCUAUAGAAUAAGUAAAAUAUUAUAUAUAUAUAUAAUAUUAGAUUGAGAAGAGAAGAGGAUGAAAUGAAAGUCACUAGAUAAAAAGGUUAAAGAGAUAUUGAAAAGAUUUAACUAUAAAUAGCUUCAGCUGAAUCAGAAAUUAGUUAAUUUAAGAUAGAGAACAAAUAACUAAGAAUAUAAUGUGAAUCAUUAGCAGAAGAAUUAGAAAAGAAGACAAAAUAAUUUGAUUAAUUGAAUCGUGAAUAUGAAGAUUAGAAAAUUAUUUAAAAUUAAGAAAUUGCUGAUUUACAUAAGUAAUAAUAUAAAUUAAUAAUAUUAGAUUGCUUAAAAUACAAGUAUAAAAUGAUGACAUGUCAAAUUAUUAUAGUGAAAGUAAAGAAUUGGCUUUAAGAGUUAAGGAAUUAUAAAAAAUUAAUUCAUAAUUCUCUGAUACUAAUUAUCCAAGAAGAUAAGAAUCAUCUGUAUAAAAAUUUGACAGUUCUAAAAAAUUAAAUUCAAGUAACAACUUGAAACCUCGCCUGGCUAAUUAUACUCCCAUGACCAAGAAAUGAGGUG